GGGCAGCUCAUGGCCUCCAGGCUCACCAUGAAGGAAUAUCUCACCUCCCUCUUCGACAACCACACGUGGGGAGUGCGGGCCCCCAACACCUCGUGGGCGGCCGAGCCCGGGGGGCUCUGGCAGGAGUGGGACCACCCCUCGGCCACCAUCUUCGGCACCUUGGCCUUCUUCCUGCUCAUGAAGUUCUGGAUGCUGAUCCUGGCCACCACCCUGCCCCUGCCCGCCGGGUACUUCAUGCCCAUCUUCGUCUACGGAGCCGCCAUCGGGCGCUUGCUGGGGGAGGGGGUGGCCCUGCUCUUCCCGCGGGGGCUCCAUCCCCAGGGACCCCCCCGGCCCAUCAUUCCCGCGGGAUACGCCCUGGCCGGCGCCGCCGCCUUCUCGGGCUCGGUGACCCACGCGGUGUCCACGGCGCUGUUGGUGUGCGAGGCCACGGGCCACCUGGGCCACCUGCUGCCCACCGUGCUGGCCGUGCUGGUGGCCAACGCCAUCGUGCAGAAGCACCAGCCGUCCUUCUACGACGGCGGCAUCAUCGUCAAGAACCUGCCCUACCUGCCCCCCAUCCGCAGCCGCCACACCGCCUCCUACAGGGUGGUGGUGGAGGAGUUCAUGCAGCGCCGGGUGGUGGCCCUGGCCAAGGGGGAUGGUUUCCAGGAGGUGCUGGCGGCCUUGGACGCCUCCUCCGACACCGAGUAUCCCGUGGUGGAGAGCGCAGGCUCCCCCACCCUGGUGGGCACCGUCAGCAGGGCCCAGCUGGUCACCUUCCUGCAGAGCCACGAGCACCCCCAGGCCCCCCCGGGGGAGAAGGUGGCCCCGGUGGGGACCCUCGGGGACGACUGUGCCAUCGAGCCCGUCAUGCUCCAGUUCUCCCCGUGGACGUCCCUGCACCAGGCCUAUCACCUGUGCCAGCUGCUGAAGCUGCAGAGAGUGUUUGUCACCCGCUGUGGGGACCUGGUGGGAGCCGUGGGGUGGGCGGAGCUGCGCAGGGGGAUCGAGGAACUCGCCAACCCCAAGUGAUGACUUUUUGGGACCACGAGGGACCCCUCCCCAGGGAUGUCACCCAUGGAAAGAGGGGGGGCCCGACCCCCCAGGUGAUGGGGGGGGUCUCCCCCGUGGGGAGGGUGUCCUGGCUGGGGGGGCGGUUCCCCAGCAGAGUGUGCUGUGCAUUAAAUACAU